AUGACUGUUGAAAACAACUCUAUAAAGCUAACAAAUGAACAUAUUAACUUUUUGAACGAAAGGUUACAACAGUUGUCGCCACAAGAACUAAUAAAAUGGGUUUAUUUAACGUUUCCUAAUGUGUAUCAAACAACUGCUUUUGGCUUAACUGGUUUGGCUAUCACUGACAUGAUUUCGAAGAUUCCUGAUUGUAAAAUAGACUUGAUUUUUAUCGAUACCCUUUACCACUUUCCCCAAACUCAUGAAUUGUUGAACCGAGUUAAGGAUCGUUAUCAAGACUCAAAAAUCAAUGUCUACCAACCACUUGGUGUCUCUAAUGAACAGGAGUUUGUUGCAAAAUACGGGGACCAAUUAUGGGAAACUAAUGAUAAGUACUACGACUAUUUAGUCAAAGUGGAACCUAUACAACGUGCUUAUAAGGAGCUAAACGUGAAUGUGGUUUUAACGGGAAGAAGAAAAUCACAAGGUGGAGCAAGAUCAUCAUUGGCCGUACUUGAGCUCGAUGAAGCUAAUAAUAUUCUCAAAGUUAACCCACUUUGGGAUUGGGAUUUCAACGCAGUGAAAGAAUACAUUGAUGAGAACCAGGUACCGUACAACGAACUUUUAGAUUUGGGCUACAAGUCCAUUGGAGACUGGCACUCCACAGUUCCUGUUGCAGAUGGUGAAGAUGAAAGAAGCGGACGUUGGAAAAAUAAGGUCAAGACUGAAUGUGGAAUCCACAUUGCAAAGGAGUUUACUCAAUUCACCGCAGCCUAG